UUUAAAAAAAAUAAUAAAGAAAAGUGCAAGUGAAAUAGACAUUGAAAAUGUCUAAAGAUGCAAAUCCCAAGGAAUCCAUCAUCAAAGCUGCAUAUGCUGAUGUAAAUAAGUUCGGACAAAAUGGAGAGUUCGAUAAGGCUAUGAAGGCUGUCAAUAGAAUACUCGGUGUUGCACCCGACGAUCAGACAGCCUUACACUGCAAAGUCAUUUGUUUGAUACAAAUCUCCAAAUUUGAGGAGGCCGUCAAGUUUAUUGACAAAAACAAGCUUUCAUCGUCAUUGAUUUUCGAAAAAGCCUAUUGUGAAUAUCGCUUGAAUAAACCUGAAAAUGCUUUGAAAAUUAUUGACGAGGCCCGUCUACCAUCGUUACCACCAAAUCUCAAGGAAUUGCGUACUCAAGUUCUCUAUCGCCUGGAGCGUUACGAAGAAUGUUUCGAAUCGUACAAGGAAAUCAUUAAGAAUACCAGUGAUGAUUACGAGGAUGAACGGCGUACUAACCUGAGUGCUGUUGCCGCCAAUUUGGCUCUGGAUGAAACUAAAGACAUUCCCGAUAUACCGGAAGAUACCUAUGAACAACAUUUCAAUGGGUCUUGUAUUUUGUCUAACCGUCAAAAGUAUGCUGAGGCCGAGAAGAAAUUGCGUGCCAGUGAGAAAUUGUGCCGUGAGACAUUGGAGGAAGAUGGUGCCUCCGAGGAGGAAAUCCGUGAAGAAUUGGAUGUUAUUCGUGUCCAGAUUGCCUACUGCUUGCAAAUGCAAAGUAAAACUAAGGAGGCAGCUGCCAUUUAUGCUGAAGUGUUGAAAAACAAGCCCAAGGAUCCGGCAUUAGUUGCUGUUGCUAGCAACAAUUCGGUGGCCAUUAACAAAGACCAACAUGUAUUUGAUUCGAAGAAGAAAAUCCGUUCAGCCUUGUCUGAGGCAUGCGAACACAAGUUGACAUCACGUCAAAAGAAGGCCAUUGCCUUGAACAAUUGUCUCCUGGCAUUGUUUACCAAUUCAAGUGAACAAGUACAACAAUUCUGCGCCAAGCUGGCCAAUCAAUAUCCCGACUUGGAAUUCCAAACGGUGCUGAUCAAGGCCACACAAUUGUCAAAGGAUAAGAAACACAAGGAGGCCAUUGAUCUAUUGCAGAAAUAUGCCUCUAACACUAAGGACAAGGAUCAAGCAUUUGCCACCAAAUUUGCAAUUAUUCAAUUACUUUUGUCUCAGGGUGAUCGCAAGGGUGCCGUUGAGGUGUUCCUAUCAUUGGGUGAAAAUAAAUACAAGCCUGGUAUUGUAUCGGCUUUGGUGACUCUCUAUUUGGGUCUCAACAACAAGCCAGCUGCAUCGGAACUCCUAAAGACGGCCGUUGAUUGGUAUAAAAAGAAUAAUGUCAGCAGUGCUGAUUUGUCGGAUAUGUGGCGCCAGGCUGCUGAAUUCCAUUUGCGUGGUGGAGCCACUGAAACUGCGGCUAGCUCUCUGGAAGAGUUACUCAAAUUGAAACCCAACGAUAUGAAAGUGCUGGCUCAAUUGGUUAUAGCCUAUGCCCAAUUUAAUCCCAAAAAGGCAUUGGAAGUUAGCAAGAAAUUACCCAAGUUGGAGACCUUGACAACGGCCUCUGAAAUUGACGCCUUGGAGGCGGCCAAUUGGGUAAUGUCAACUAAGGCAGCUAAAAAAUCGGCAAAUGCCAAAAUUGAAAUGUCACCCGGCACCCCAGUUGUCGAACGUAAGAAGAACAACAAACGUAAGCGUAAGGGUAAAUUGCCCAAGAACUAUAAUGCCGAGGUGCCACCAGAUCCCGAAAGAUGGUUGCCCAAAUACGAACGGACCGGUUAUCGCAAGAAACGUGACCGCAGAACCAAGGAAAUUAUCAAGGGUUCCCAGGGCAUGUCCUCGCAAGCAGCUGAGCAAUAUGACAUGUCAAAUCGUGCAAAUUUGGGUAAGAAUUCACCUGCCACUCCCGUUUAUCAAGAGCCCACCCCAGGACCCCGCCAGCAACACCGCAAGGGUGGCCACAAAAAGAAGAAGGGCAACAACCGCUUCUAA